CGGUGGAUUUACAGGUCUGGAUCUAGAGUCAAUGCACAGAGGGAGCCACAUUCAGUCAGUCAGUGCACGAUGAGCCUAAACGUCCCAGGACUGGUGGUGAUGGUCCUCUUCUACCUGCUGGUGCUGGCCACCGGCAUCUGGGCCUCCAUGAAGUCUAAGCGGGUACAGAACAGCAGCCAGGCAGACCGGACAGAGGUCACUUUGCUGGGCAACAGAGGGAUCAGUCUGGCAGUGGGAGUCUUCACCAUGACAGCUACAUUUGUUGGAGGAGGCUUCAUCGUUGGUCUGACAGAGGCAGUGUACACUCCAACCAUGGGACUGACCUGGGCUGUCAUGCCAUUAACAGCAGCCCUGUCUUUCAUUGUUGGUGGACUUUUCUUCGCUAAGAAAAUGAGAGACAGAAAAUAUGUGACAAUGAUGGACCCAUUCCAGAUCAAGUAUGGAAAUUCAAUAAGUGGAGUUCUGUCUGUGGCGCUGCUGAUAUCGGACAUAAUCUGGGUUACAGGAACUCUCAUUGGCUUAGGUGCAACCAUGAGUGUGAUCCUGGAUUUGUCGUACGCUCUUUGCAUUUGGAUCUCUGCUGCAGUAGCCAUCGUCUACACUCUACUGGGAGGCCUCUACUCUGUUGCGUACACAGACAUCAUCCAGCUAAUCCUCAUAUUCUUUAGUUUGUGGUUAUGUGUCCCCUUUGUCCUGAUGAACCCCCAUUCAACUGACAUCAGCAGGACUGCUUUCAAUUUCACCUACCAGCCCCCCUGGGUUGGCUCAGUGGAUAAAGACAGGACGUGGAGGUGGAUUGAUAAUUUCUUAGUAUUGGCUCUUGGUAACCUGGGAUAUCAGGACUUCCACCAGAGAACCCUGUCAGCCUCCUCAUCAGCCACAGCCAGGAUCACCUGCUUUAUUGCUGCUCCUCUCAUCUUCAUACUCGGCGUCCCAUCUAUAUUGAUCGGAGCAGUUGCAGCAUCAACAGACUGGAACACGACUGCAUACGGCCUGCCGUCCCCAUAUGAGCGUGGAGAUGCUGGUCUGGUUCUGCCUAUCGCUCUCCAGCACCUCACCCCACACUACAUCUCCAUCAUUGGUAUCGGAGCCAUAGCUGCUGCUGUGAUGUCCUCAACAGACUCUGCUUUAUUGUCAGCCGCCUCCAUCUUCACAUCCAACAUUUAUAAGAACAUCCUGAGGACCAAGGCAUCAGACAGGGAGCUGCAGUGGGUGAUCCGUGUCACCGUGGUGUUGGUGGGCUUGGCUGGCACGUUGCUCACCUUCCUACAUAACAGCAUCAUGGUUUUCUGGAUCCUGGGCUCAGACAUAACCUACACUAUCAUGUUUCCUCAACUCGUCUGCGUCCUCUUUUCCAACAUUUCUAAUGGCUAUGGCUCCAUUAUGGGCUUGCUAGUUGGUUUGUUGCUGAGAAUACUGAGCGGUGAGCCAUCAAUAGGAUUGCCCAUUGUUCUCCACUUGCCUGGUUGCACUCUUGAGGAUGGUGUAUAUGUCCAGCGCGCUCCUGUUAGGACUAUCUGCAUGUUGUCCACCAUCUUUGCCACUUUGUUGUUCUCCUUUCUGGCUUCAAUGCUUUUCAAUAAAGGAGUGAUUCCUGAGAGGUGGGACGUAUUUAAAGUCAAAACCCGAAAACAAAACAUAAUAUUAAUGAGCAACGGCAUCACCAACACAGACGAGAGGGAGAAACCUGAAAUUCAGAAUGAGACUGAAUUAAUGUUGGCUACAAAUAAGCAGAACUGAAAGGGAAACGUGAUGUUAACUUGCUUUGUAUGGAGAUAUAUGAUCAUGUCUCUAUUUUUAUACAAAAUACUUGAUCAUCUUGGUCAUAGGAUGGUGUGACAGUUACUUGUAACAAGUGCAUGAGUUAUGAAUUUAUAAUAAUAGUGGUGUAAGUACUUUACUUUUGCACAAUUUUGAGAUACUUGUACUUCAGUAUUUCCAUUUACUUUAUAUUCUACUAUAUUUCAGGGAGGGAUAUUGAUUUUUUUUUACUCCAGUACUAGUUAGCUUACUCUGCAGAUUCACAUUAAUAAUCCAAAAUAUAAACAAUAAAUAAACUACUAUGUAUUAUUACUGGUUAAGAUAAGACUUUAUUGAUCUUUGACAUUCACAAGCUACCAAGCAGUAUAUAAAGUCUUUUAAAUUAGUCCCACAUUUACCAUCUGCAACAUUAUAGUGUAAUUGUUGAGUCAAUACUUUAUAUCUCUUCGAGCAGAGAACUUCCUCCAUUGUGCUCUGGUGUAAUUUCUUUGUUAAUCCAUUUGAUUAACUUAGUCUGUUUUGUUACUUGUAUGUUGUUGUUUUUUUUUUUUUACCAAGUCUAUGUUUAACUAUCAAACAAUCAAUAAAAGCCAAAAUAAGCUGGGAAGUAAAUAAAUGUGAUAAAUAAAGUAGUGAAAAGUGGUAUUUCCUGCCCUUAUAUUGUCAUAUGUAUACCCUGGACCUGCAUUCAGCAGAAUGGAAGUACCCCUAUUUGCCCACUUACAUACCAUUACUGUUUAUGGCCUGGGCCUUCAAACGCAUUCUCAGAUACCAUCAGGUAUGCAUAUAAGUCUGUCUCUAUUCUGCCCAACUCAUGCUGGUGGUCAGCUUUCAUCCCACUGAGGCCACUGUUGUCUGUUUUUGUUAAUGGUACGUCAACAGCAAGCUAUCUAUUAUGUCUAGGAAGCCAACAUUCAUUUCCUUCGACCUUGGUCAUCAGACAUCGUUGAGAUAGGCUGGCACCUGCCUUCCUCAAGCGAACCCAAACAGCUGCUACUGUAGGACCUCAAGGCCCAUACCUGACCCCAUGUAACCUAAGGAUAGAAAGUUCCAUAACACACAUUAGCAUGAAUCCAACAUAUUUUUACAUCAAUAGGCCUAUUUGUGAGAAUAU